UUUUGAAGCUUCUUUCUUCCGAGUUCAUAAUUUGGUUCCUCUCCAGUAAUUUCUGAUGGCAUCUUGGUACUCUGCAUCAUGUUAUAUUGUUAUUUCUAUGAUAAAAAUCGAUUUUUUCUGCUGAUUGCGAUAGAUCCUUGGCUUUUUUCGGCGGAGUUGGUUGACCUUGUAGCUUUUCUGCCCCCAGUUUUUGGUUCAUCCGUUUGUUCGAUGGAGCGCUCAGUCGAGUGGUUCCAAAAUCAUUUCUUUCUAUCUUUCGAAGUGCUUUGAUCUUCUGUAUCCCAUGCUUUUGAUGUCAAAAGAGCGAUCUUUUUAUCUUCCUUCUUUUGUGUUUCAAGUGGUUCGAGUUCUCGGCAUUCUUUGGGGGGGCAAUAUAUCUUAUUUACUGAGCUGGAUUUGGGUGUUUCAGCGAUCUAAAGCGACCAAAGGAGGCGACGAUCGAAGCUGUCCUGGUCAAAGAGCGGAAGCAGUAUGCGGUGGCUGUGUCUCUCAGUCGAUGUUCUUCGGAAAGGGGUCUCCUUGAACUUGUACUGUCGGGUCAUACUGUAGCUCGACUUGCCUCUCCUCUGGCUCGCUCUUUAUCUCUGUUUCUGGUCUCAAAGCACUCUUGUGUUUCUCCUCCGAGUCCUUGUUGCUUUCUUCCUCAAUUCUACCGGGAUUUGCUCUUCUUCUUUCUGUAGAUUCAUCUGGUUUUGUUAUUCCUGUCCUUUUUCUCUGCAUCGCUUUCGGGUUUCUGGUGGACUGGUUCGAUCUUAAGCGCAAGAAAGAGAAGUAAUGGUGUGCCAAGCUGCGGCUCAGACGAGAUUCCGAGCAUUGAAACAUGAGAGUGGGAUUGCUGGUAGCUCCACCAUAAUCGUUAGGAUCAUAGCUUGCUUCCAGCCAUUACAGGAUUGCCAGGCCGAGUACUUCCGCCACCUCCUCAAGCCGGUCACGUAGAUUAGCUUCUGUUUGCUUUGCUGAAUAAGGCUGUGAUUAUUGCAGUUGCUAGUAGAUAAUCUUGUGGAAACAACAUUUGAUCUUUGCUGAUUGCCACCGGUGCUUGCUUUGUGGGGAGUCACCGAUGAAGAAAUACCCUGAUCCUUGGGUCAAUAUGCCGCACUCAACAUGGCGGUUUAGUAGCUUGAACUCUGCUGCUGAUCUCCAGAAGCCGGAUAUCAGCCGACAGAAUGCGCCAUUCAGGGCGUUCCCUAACUACAUCAACCCCUUUGGCUCCUCCUCCUCUGGUAACGCUGCCGCACCGUUCCCUCGGAUUCCAGCGCGCAUAUCCGCUGAGACCAUGCCGACUUUGAAUCCUCCUGCAAUCCCCACCUUUGGCACACCGGAGUUUGCUGGAUCUCACAAGAGAUUUAUGGGUUUCAGUCAGUCAUGGGAUCAAACAAGCUUAAUUUUCAGCUCAUCAUGGAACCCAUAUCUGACUCUUAAUCCGACAAAUCAAAGCCUGGACCUUCAGGGGAGCAACGAAGUGGUUUCCGUUGGACACGGAGGAGAGGAGAUGCAUGAAGAUACCGAUGAAAUCAAUGCACUUUUGUACUCAGACUCCGAUGAUGAAGAUUACGGGGAAGAGGAGGCCAGCACAGGGCAUUCCCCGAUCGAGCCAACAGCAGGGAGCUCAUCGGAGGUAGCUAGCUCUGUCCUCCCUGUCAAGAGGAAGAGAAUUGAUGUGGAUGAGCCUGAUGCUUUGCUUGCAGACACAGCAAGCUCCCACCAUCAUGACCUUGGUUUGGAAUUCAGGAACAGAAAUACCAACACCGAUGGUGAAUCGAGCUGUGUGAGGGGAGAGGACCAGGACCAGGACCGCAAGCGGAUUAAGAGGGAGAAGAUACUAGAGACGGUCAGGGUUCUCAGGAGGAUCAUCCCAGGUGGGAAGGGAAAGGAUGCGGCCACCGUCCUCGACGAGGCCAUCUGCUAUCUGAAAUCUCUCAAGCUGAAAGCCAAAGCUCUAGGUGCUACGCCACUGUUGGAACUCCGUUCUCUAGGUCAAUGAAGAAAGAAGGAAAAGGGAGAAGGCAAUGAGUUCUCUCCACACGGAUCCAAUAAUUGAAGGUGUGAAUCAGUACCGGAAGACCACAGCUUUGGUGGAGCGUGAGAACUCUCAGUGUCAUUGCUUUGACGGUGGGUGAGUGAGGAAGAUAUCAUGGUCCAAUAAAGCAUAAUUACGUACUAGCCAUGGAGGAUUCCUAAUCGAUACAAAGGGAGACCGAGAGAGGCCCCCCCCACCCCUUCCUUUUGACCAAAAGCGAAUGAUGUCGGGCAUGGAGAUCGCGCGUGUGCCAUGGAUUCGAUAGAGUGGGAGCGCGCCUGUGCAUGCGCGGUCGUUGGGUGGGUGGUGAUCGCUCUUCCUCUUCCAUGUUCCAUCUUUUCAUCCAGCUUUGUGCUGUAGUAGUAGUAGUAGCUUUAAGGGAGGGUUUAGAAACUGGAGGAGAUUGCAGCUUGACUCUACUGUUGCAUUCCACGAUGACUUUGAUGCUUGUUGACUUCAUGAUUAGCUUUGUUAAAGAAGGGUGUUUGGGGAGGACUGUGGACCACUCUGUGAGCUCUGUUCCCAAUUUGGGAGCCAGGCUGAAGUCUUCAGGUUCAGUGAGGAGUGCCAUGCAUUGAUGUGGGGCUCUGCUCGUGGAGCUUUGUGAUUACUACUGCUUCCUUCUCUCCUUCAGCUGCCACAGGCUUGACGUUGCCUGUGGUAGCUUAUCCUGGUCCUCAAGAGGCUCCCAUGGCAGCAUGGUGCUGCAAGUUCAUAGAUCUUAGGAGAUCAGAUUGAUGCAUGGCUUUUGUACUGCUUGAAUAUAAUUUGAUCACCAAAGUGGUGAAGACAGGUAGAGGACGUCCUGUAAUAUGGCUACAUAUCAGAUCUUUAGCGAAUACUAAACAUAUAACUCAA